GGCAGCAUGACGAAUAUGAGCCCACGUGAUGGUUCCAGCCAAUGAACAGCGUCCUCUGUACUGGGUACUAAGUUUCCACACUUAAACGAUUUCAGUGUAUCACCGCUUUGCAGUAAACAGUACGUAUUGCCCAAGAUAAUGCCUGGCCUGGAGAAGCUGCGCGUGGCCGUGGUGGGCGCAGGAGCGGCUGGUCUUUGCGCCGCGCGUCACUUCCUCGCGCGACAGGACCUGUUCGCACCGCCGGUGCUGUUCGAGAUCACCAAGAAUAUAGGAGGAACGUGGGUGUACGAAGAGCGCGUGGGACACUACGACAACGGUCUACCCAUCCACAGCAGCAUGUACAGGGACCUCAGAACCAAUAUUCCCAAAGAGGUCAUGUCCUUUCCAGAUUUCCCCUUCCCAAAGCAUCUUCCUUCAUUUGUCCAUCAUACAGAGGUGCGCAAGUACCUAGAGCAGUACUGCGAUCAUUUCAGCAUCCGGGAUCACAUUAGGUUUGGCACGACUGUGGAUGCAGUGAACCCAGUUAAAGUGAAGAGCGGCUGGAAAGGUUUGGCAUGGGACAUCACCAGCAGUGAUAGUGUGGACCGGAGAAAAUCCAUCAAGGAGCGUUUUGAUGUUGUUAUGGUGUGUAAUGGACAUUUCUAUGACCCGUACAUCCCUGCUAUACCCGGACUGGGGAAGUUCAAAGGUAUGUUGAUGCAUAGCCAUGAUUAUCGAAAUGCAGAACCCUUCGCAGACAAGUCAGUACUAGUGCUCGGUGCUGGUCUUUCUGGGCUGGACAUUGCCAUGGAGCUCUCCAACGUUAAUGCUAAGGUGAUCCUAAGUCAUGGUCAAAAACCCCUGACUUGUCCCAUGCCCCAAGGUGUGGAGCAGGCUCCUCCAGUAAGCAAAGUGCUGGAGGAUGGCAUUGUGCAAUUUCAGGAUGGGAAGCGAGCAGAGCCAGAGGUGUUUAUGCUCUGCACAGGCUACAACUUUGUCUACCCUUUUCUGAAUGAGCAAGUCGGGGUGCGGGUGAAAGAGCACUUGGUCUACCCUCUCUACAAGUUUCUGAUACCUCCUGCCUAUCCAUCACUCUUUGUUAUAGGCAUCUGCAGAGCCAUAUGCCCCUUUCCACACUUUCACAUACAGUCUAAGUUUGCCAUCUCUGUGCUGGAUGGCUCGUUCACCCUCUCCUCACGUGAAGAAAUGGAAAAGGAUAUCGAGUUGGACAUGGCUGCUCGCCGAGCUCGUGGUGUCGCCACCCGACAUAUUCUGAAACUGGACUCUGAACAGUGGGCCUAUAAUGACCAUUUAGCCCACCUGGGUGGCUUCCAGCCACUUCCUCGCUACUGGAGCAAUCUGUACGAGUCCAACAAGGUUUUCCGUGCCCGGGAUAUGCUGAACUACAAAACCUACAACUAUAAUGUAAUCAAUGAGACAGAAUGGGCGGUGCAGAAUCUGGAAGGACAACAGUUGCAGAAACCACAACUUAAACAUAUCUAAUUAGAUCUAUGAAGGAGUUUACUAGUUAACCUUCAGCUGAAAAUUAAUGUAGUAGCUUAUUGCUAUAUUUGAGUUACUGUGACGUAACCACUAAUCCUAAAGACUGAUGCCAGUUGAGUAACCUUAACUGCAGAGAGCUCAGUGCCACAAAACCAACACUGUAGAGAGUACCAUUAAAUAAUAACGUGAGCAUCACAUUAAACAUUUUCUCUGCUAUUUAACAUGAGCUUACUUUAUUAUGGUUCUAGAUUAACUGGGUUGAAACUAAAGAAACUCAGUUCAGUAUAUGUUCUAGUUGUACUUACACUUUCCAGCUCAAGGUGCUUAUACAAACCCUAUGAAUGAAUGAAAAAAUGUUAUGCAUUUUGCUGUAUGGCUGAUUACAAAUAUGCACUAGUUACAAACAUAUAUUGUUGUAACUCUGUGUUAAACAAUAAAGGGCAGGAGUGAAAAAACGUGUUUUUUAGCCUAUCAUGA